CAGUCCUAUAGUAGUAACGCAUUAAAGGUUUCGUUCUUUACAGUUUUCUUUUUCUUUCGUGUAGAUAUGAAACGGAACUUAUAAAUGAAACAUGGUAUUGUUAAUCUACAAAAAUAGAGCAACUAGAUUUUCUUUUAGACAUUGAGGCCAAUGACGUCCGUGCUGUAGAGAAUUUCUCAUAGAUUUGAAGUUUGCUCCUUUCUAGCCAAUGUUAGGGAGGUGUCGGCGAAACAUGGUAUUGUUAAUCUACAAAAACAACUUCUUUCCCCGAUAUUGAAGGAAAAAAUUACACAGGUUUGGGGGUAUUAUGGUGGGAGCAUGAUGAUAAAGAAUUUUUUAUGGAAUAAAAAGGUUCUUCUCGUUCUUGAUGAUGUGGAUCAAUUAGAGCAGUUGGAAUUAUUAUUUGGAGACAAACGCUGGUUUGGUGCGGGGAGGAGAAUCAUCAUUACAACUAGGGAUCUACGGUUGCUGGUCUCACAUGACGUUGAGAUCAAACAAUUUGAGCUUAUGGGAUUAAGUGAAGAUAAAGCUCUUCAGCUCUUUAGUUGGCAUGCCUUUAAAAAUGAUCCGAAUGACGAAUACCUGGAAUUGUCAAAAGCUUUUGUUAAAUAUGGUGCCAAACUUCCUUUAACUCUGAAAACUUUGGGAAUCUUUUUGUGUGGAAGGGAUCAAGGUGCAUGGACAAGUACAUUGGAUAAACUAAAGAAAGAUCCAGAAGAGACAACUUUUAAAACGCUUCUAGUAAGUUAUGACGUACUAGAUGAUAUGACGAAGAAUGUUUUUCUUGAUGUGGCAUGCUUCCAUAAGGGAAAUGACAAGGAUAGAGUAAUUGAAAUACUUGACUGCUGUGACUUUUCUGGAUGUAUCGGGAUAGAUGUUCUCAUUGAGAAAUCUCUUUUAUAUAUUUCAGGCAAGAAUCUGGAGAUGCAUGAUUUGGUGCAGGAAAUGACAUGGAAAAUUGUUCGUAGAAAGUCUAAAGAGCCUGGACGACGUAGUUGGUUGUGGCUUCGUGAGGAAAUUUUUCAUGUAUUAAAGAAUAAUAUGGGAACAGAAGAUAUUGAAGGCAUAGUAUUACACUUGCCAAAGCGUGAAGAAGCACACUGUAAUUUUGAAGCGUUCUCUAAGAUGUAUAAUCUAAAGAUGAUCCAAUUUAAUCUUUUGUUCCUUUCUCCUGGCUUUGAAGUUCUUCCUAAUUCUUUUAGAUUUCUGGAGUGGAGAUAUUAUCCAUCCAAAUCUCUUCCACCAAGUUUUGAACCGGACUCUCUUACCGUUCUUAGUUUGCCUACUAGUGAAAUUGUUCGACUUUGGAAUGGAAGAAAGCGCUUGUCCAAUUUGAAACAUAUGGAUCUUAGUUACUCAAAAUUAAUCAGGACCCCAGAUUUCACAGAAAUUCAGAAUCUUAAGAGGUUAGUACUUGAAGGUUGUUACGAUUUAAUUGAGAUCCACCCAUCCAUUGCAGCUCUCAAAAGGUUUAAGAUUUUGAACUUUAAAAAUUGUAUGAGUAUGAAGCGUCUCCCAAGUGAGAUAGCAAUGGAGUCUCUUGAAUUUCUGAGUCUCUCUCGAUGUGUCAAUCUAAAAAGAUUCCGGAGUUUGUUGGAGACAUGAAAAAUCUGUCACGUCUUAUUUUAAGUGAGACUGCUAUUAAGGAAAUACCUCCAUCAAUUGGAUGUCUGAUUGGCCUUGUUGAACUACAUCUAGAUGGUU